GUUUUUCUUCAACGCUAGGGCCGCAUCGACGACGAGCCUCUCCGCGCCGCCAAUACCGAGAUCGGGAUGCAGAAACGUGACGCGUGUCAUCAUGCUUGAAAAAUAAACUAUUAAACGGACAUCGUCAUGUAUUUAUUGGAAAUUGGCAGCAGUUGGCAGCUCUCUGGAAUAAGAGGCAGAAAAACGACAGAGAGCGCAGAUUUUAAAGAAAGAAGGCUGUAAAAUGAACACACCAUGCUAUCCCCUCCACCUUCCAACGUUCCACUAUGGUAACUAGUCAUUUCUUGUCAGUUGUACGAGCAUGUAUGAGUUAUACGAAUAAUAACAAGUGAUAAAAGAUAAAUUAGUUCUCGGUUAAAUUCAGUUAAAUUGUGAUUAAAUUGGCCUGAUAUGAAGUAGUUCGAUGCUAACUAACAGGAAAAAGAUAAACAAUUUCUGAUCAAAUAAUUUUUAAUUGUUAACAAACGAUAAAAAACAUAAUUUAUUAAAGUGAAGAAUCAAUAUUUCUCAGCACAGUUUCGAUGUUUAUGACGCAAUGAAGAAGAAUACGUAAAAUUUAGGAACAACCGUUUGAUCAUAAUGAUUUCUCAUUCAUUGUUGUAUGCUGAUUAAAUAAUAUAAAGAAAAUGAAUUUUGGUAUGAAUUGGGAUGCUGAACAUCGGCGUAUUUUGUUGGAUGGAAAUGCAGCAUUGGAACGUUCAGCACAGUCGGUCGCAAGAUCGCAGGCUGUCGCAGCAGAGAGCGAACAGAUUGGCACAGAAGUGAUUUCUGAAUUGGGCGAACAAAGAGAUCGUCUCUUACGAGCAAAGCGGAGAUUGUCACAGACGGACGAAGAAUUAAAUAAAACUAGAAAAAUUUUGAAUGUUAUGCAACUGAAGGUUUUGACAAACAAAAUUGUGCUGAUAUUGAUUAUAUUACUAGAAUUAGCCAUUCUUGGUAUAAUUAUAUAUUUAAAAUUCUUUCAUAAAUAAAUAGCAUUAUUGUAUUAUUGUUAAGCUUAAGUAAAGCUUAAGGAGAGUAAUAUUGUAUAAUAUAAAAUAUAAUAACAUGAAAUAUAAUAUGCAUUAAUUGAUAGAAUUAUAAUUAAGCAAUUUCUGUAAAAUUUAAUGAUACAUGAAUUUUGAAACUAGCUUUUUUAAAAAUAGAUUUUUUACAGUCCAAAAAAUGAGUGUAUUGUCACUGGCAUAUUGCUAGUAGCAUAAGUUAUCACCAGAAUUGUAGCAAUUGAGUUUAUACUUGUUGAUAUGUGCAUUUAUUAUAUGACAUUUUUAAAUAGCAACUUGGCAAUUUAUGCUGUGGUUUAAAAUCUUCAAAUUUGAUUAAAAAAUUGUAUUAUGUUGUCAUAAUAAUUUAUAAUAUAAAAUGAUGUCAUACGCUGACAAUACAAAAUAA